GACCGCGUGCUCCGGCGCUGCCUCGGUCCGCGGCGGCAUCCGGGGUCGGGCGGGCCCCGCUCCGUAGCACCGGCGGCCUCAGUCUCCGCCCUGCGCCCGGGAACCCCCCCGCGCACCCUCGGACCCCGUGGAGCGGCACCAUGGCUUGUGGAGUUACGGCGAUGCCGGCUGGACGGAGCUGAACGGUCGCCCCCAGGGCGGGGGGAGCCGCGGCGGAGACGCUUCGCAUGUCCGCGGCGCCCGGGAAGUCGGAUGUGUACGGCCUUCUUCCCCCCUCCUCCUCUCCUCCAUGGCCGUCGUGCUCCGGCUUCUCGGCCUCUCCGGGAGCGCUCCGUGGCCGGCGGGCAGCAGCGCACGUCGCGAUCGCCGUAGCGAGGCACGGCGCGGCUGGCUCCAGUGACCGCGCCCCAGCCCUGCCAUGUACCCCCAGGGCCGGCACCCGGCUCCGCACCAGCCGGGCCAACCGGGCUUCAAAUUCACCGUGGCCGAGUCCUGCGAUCGGAUCAAGGACGAGUUCCAGUUCCUGCAAGCCCAGUACCACAGCCUGAAAGUGGAGUAUGAUAAACUGGCGAACGAGAAGACAGAAAUGCAGCGCCAUUACGUUAUGUACUAUGAAAUGUCGUAUGGUUUGAAUAUUGAAAUGCACAAACAGACAGAAAUUGCUAAAAGACUGAAUACCAUUUUAGCCCAGAUCAUGCCUUUUCUGUCACAAGAGCACCAACAGCAAGUCGCACAGGCUGUUGAGCGUGCCAAGCAAGUGACAAUGACGGAGUUGAAUGCUAUCAUCGGGGUACGUGGACUUCCCAAUCUGCCUCUCACCCAGCAGCAGCUCCAGGCCCAGCACCUCUCCCACGCCGCCCAUGGGCCCCCAGUCCAGCUGCCGCCACACCCCUCGGGGCUCCAGCCACCAGGCAUCCCGCCGGUCACCGGCAGCAGCUCAGGGCUGCUGGCCCUCGGCGCCCUGGGCAGCCAGGCGCACCUUGCUGUCAAGGAUGAGAAGAACCACCAUGACCUGGACCACAGAGAGCGAGACUCAAGUGCAAAUAAUUCUGUUUCACCCUCGGAGAGCCUGAGAGCCAGUGAGAAGCACCGGAGCUCCACAGACUACAGCAUUGACUCCAAGAAGCGGAAAGCGGAGGAGAAGGACAGCAUGAGCCGAUAUGACAGCGAUGGUGACAAGAGCGAUGACCUGGUGGUCGAUGUCUCCAACGAGGACCCCGCCACCCCCCGGGUCAGCCCAGCCCACUCCCCCCCAGAGAACGGCCUGGACAAAGCCCGUGGGCUGAAGAAGGGGGAUGCGCCCAACAGCCCGGCCUCAGUGGCCUCCUCCAGCAGCACCCCCUCCUCCAAGACCAAGGACCUGAGCCAUAAUGACAAAUCAUCGACACCUGGGCUCAAGUCAAACACUCCGACACCGAGGAAUGAUGCACCGACCCCAGGGACAAGCAGCACCCCGGGGCUGCGGCCAAUGCCUGGCAAACCGACUGGCAUGGACCCCCUGGCCUCAGCCCUGCGGACACCCAUCUCCAUCGCGGGCUCCUACGCGGCGCCCUUCGCCAUGAUGGGUCACCACGAGAUGAACGGCUCGCUCACCAGCCCCGGUGCCUACGCUGGGCUGCACAACAUCCCCCCGCAGAUGAGUGCUGCUGCCGCUGCUGCUGCCGCCUACGGCCGGUCGCCAAUGGUGAGCUUUGGAGCCGUUGGAUUUGACCCCCACCCACCCAUGAGAGCCCCUGGUCUGCCCUCCAGCCUGGCGUCCAUCCCCGGGGGGAAGCCAGCCUACUCCUUCCACGUCAGUGCCGAUGGGCAGAUGCAGCCAGUCCCCUUCCCCCACGACGCGCUGGCGGGUCCUGGCAUCCCCCGGCACGCCCGGCAGAUCAACACGCUGAGCCACGGUGAGGUGGUGUGUGCCGUCACCAUCAGCAACCCCACCCGGCACGUCUACACCGGCGGCAAGGGCUGCGUGAAGAUCUGGGACAUCAGCCAGCCGGGCAGCAAGAGCCCCAUCUCCCAGCUGGACUGCCUGAACAGAGAUAACUAUAUCCGCUCCUGCAAGCUGCUCCCUGACGGCCGCACGCUGAUCGUGGGGGGGGAAGCCAGCACGCUCACCAUCUGGGACCUGGCGUCCCCCACGCCCCGCAUCAAGGCCGAGCUCACCUCCUCUGCCCCCGCCUGCUACGCCCUGGCCAUCAGCCCUGACGCCAAAGUCUGCUUCUCCUGCUGCAGUGAUGGCAACAUUGCUGUCUGGGACCUGCACAACCAGACGCUUGUCCGGCAAUUCCAAGGCCACACAGAUGGUGCCAGCUGCAUAGAUAUCUCGCACGAUGGUACGAAGUUGUGGACAGGGGGUCUGGACAACACGGUGCGUUCCUGGGACCUGCGGGAAGGGCGGCAGCUCCAGCAGCACGACUUCACCUCCCAGAUCUUCUCUCUGGGGUACUGCCCAACGGGUGAGUGGCUGGCGGUGGGGAUGGAGAGCAGCAAUGUGGAAGUGCUGCACCACACCAAGCCCGACAAGUACCAGCUGCACCUCCACGAGAGCUGUGUCCUGUCCCUCAAGUUUGCCUACUGCGGUAAAUGGUUUGUGAGCACUGGCAAGGACAACUUGCUCAACGCCUGGAGGACGCCCUACGGAGCGAGCAUCUUCCAGUCCAAGGAAUCCUCAUCCGUCUUAAGUUGUGACAUUUCAGCAGAUGACAAGUACAUCGUCACGGGCUCUGGUGACAAGAAGGCCACAGUCUACGAGGUCAUCUACUAAUGGUGGAUUUUCCAGCAGGGCUGGCAGCUCCCGGCGCUGGCAGGACUGGGGGCUCAGGGGGCAGUCCCGGCGCAGCCACGGGGCUCAGCCAUGGACCGGCACGCUCCGGCGGCGCCCGGCGUACAACAUACAUGGAUUUAUUUGGAGGUCUGCAAAUAUGGCACACAUUGAAGCCCUAAACGGAUUUUUGUUUGGUUUUAAGGUUUUGGGGUUUAUUUUGAAUUUUUUUUUUUGGUUUUCUGGUUCUUUCCGUCUGCGCUUUGGUGGCACUAUAAAGGACUUAUUUUUUAUUGUGACUUUUUUUUUUUUGGUGCAUCCUGCAUAAGACUUGUGAAAAAUGUAAAUAACGGACUAGUAAAUAGCAUUGGAAGGGUGGGGGACCCCUCCCGGUACACUAGUUGUGUAUUUUUUGUCUGCUGUAAUUGUAUUCCACUGAUGGUUUUGGUGGUGGCAAUUUUUUCUUCCUCCUUUCCCCCCCGAAGUGUCCGUUGGGACGUGACUUUGCCGUGCAGCGCGUAACCAGGCCAAGCAAAGGUGUCCACUGGUGCAAGUUGUUCCUGCUGUCGUAGCCGUGCGUUGUUCGGUGUGUUCGUGAUGGUGGGACGCUGCUGGGACCGCGGGGGACUCGCUGGGAUCCUCAGCUACUGACGGGACAUCAGCAACACAAUCACCUUUUUUUAUAUAUGGAUUAUUUUUUUUUUGUGCUCGUAUGUUUGAAGAAAAGGGGAAGCCCACGCUGCGGGAUCGUCUGCGCAAGCCCUUCUUGGUCUUCGGACAGAAGCAAUGAGGAGUGAUUUCAAAGAAAGCUUAGUAAAUUCAGCUCAGGGAGCCACGAAAGAUAAUAGCAACUUAUGUGUUUUGUAUUCAAAUGAAAGUAAAGAAUUAGAAUUGAUAACCUUUAAAAUACAGUUUUUUUAAAAGCAAAGUUUACUAACAAGUAGGGUUUGUGUGGUGGGGGAUGGGGCUGGCUCUGGUCGGGUCUGGUGGGCUGAUGGUUGUGUCUCCUGGUGUGUGGGUUCCCAUGGAGCAGCCCCCUCCCCACACAGGCUGCGCUUCAGCCUUUUGUACUCAAGGGUUAAAAAGCAAACAAACAAAAAAAAAGGCAUAAUGGGAAAUAAAAGUAUUUGUGUAGCAGAA